AUGGCAUCAACAACGACUGGAAAAAUUACUGAAUUCCGUCGUUUAUUGUCAAAUGCUCGAUCAGUUCUUGUUUUAACCGGUGCAGGAAUAUCAGCCGAAUCAGGUGUUCCAACAUUUCGGGGUGCUGGAGGAUUUUGGAGACAAUUUCGUGCAACAGAUUUGGCAACUCCCACAGCAUUUACUCGUUCUCCAUCACUUGUUUGGGAGUUUUAUCAUUAUCGGAGAGAAAUUGUUCGUACGAAAGAACCAAAUAAAGCUCAUUUUGCUUUAGCAGAAGCAGAAAAACGAUUUGAAAAAGAAGGAAAACGAUUUCAUGUUAUCACUCAAAAUGUAGAUGGACUUCAUCGUCGUGCUGGAUCAAAAAAUUUAGUUGAAAUGCACGGAAAUCUUUUCAUGGUUCGCUGUACUUCUUGUUCGUUGAUUGAAGAAAAUAAUUCAAGUCCAAUUUGUGAAUCAUUAAGAAAUCGAGGAUCUCCCGAUACUGAUAAUCGAGAUGAAAUUGAUGAAAAAGAUCUUCCACGUUGUCGAAAAUGUCAAUCUCUUCUUCGUCCUCACAUUGUUUGGUUUGGUGAACAAAUUUGGCCUGAUGUUUUAGAAAAAAUCGAAAAAGAAAUUCAACUAUGUGAUUUAUUUUUAGUUAUUGGUACAUCAUCUGUUGUGUACCCAGCUGCUGGUUACGCAUCAAUUCUUGCUGAAAGAAAUGUUCCUGUUGUCGAAAUUAACAUCGAAACUACUCCAUCAACAUCCAUUGCAACUCAUCACUUUCACGGACCAGCAGCACAGAUUGUUCCUCAAUUAUUAUCAACAAAUCAGAAAUAA